GAAGUUUCAGUGUAUUGCUAAAUCAGUCCUCAGCUUUUAAUAGUUUUUACCAGAAGUCCUCAAACUAUCAGCCGCUUGUCUCUUUAUGGAAAUGCAUUCUGACAGAAAGAGCUUGCAUUCCUUCCUACCCUGCUUAGGCACAAGCGAUGAAAACCAGACCCGUGCCUUCCAUUCGCUGUGUCUUACUGAGUCAGUGGGCCAGUACCUACGGCAGGAUGGCUAUCAACUAAUCUCGCCAAGUUUUAGAAAGUCCAAGGUGUACUACGCGUGUGCUUAACCCCCCGCGCUGUUCCUUGGAGCCCCAGGGGAGCCGUCGUUGUCCGGAACGGCGUACAGACUCGCGGGGAGCAGCACGCCGCUCACUGGCUUGGGCGGCCCGCGCCGCUCCGCCGUUCGCGGGGGGCCGGCACCCCGCCUUCCUUGCCCACCGCGGCGGCCCGGGGAGCCCCGGCUGGGCGCUUGGCUCCGCACCGGGCACGGCGGGAGCCGCGGCUGCCCCUGGCCGCCGUUGUCAGCAGGUGGGCCGGCUGCGGCGGGGCUGGCUGCUGCUCCCGCGGCACCGCCGGGCCGCCGCUCUCCCGUCCCGCCCCGCCCCGCCCCGCCCGGCGGAUCGCGCUACUGUCGCCGCGUUCCUCGGCGGCGGGCAAGGAGAGCCGUGGGGUCCCGGGGACUCCGCUCCAGGAGCGCGGUGCCGGGGAGGGGGCGAAGGGUCCGUCCCCCCGCCCCCGGCCUGGGGUACCCCCGCGGGCCCCGCCGCCGCCAGCGUGCGGGGCGGCACUGGCGAAGGCCGGGCGCUGGGUCGGCCAGCACCUUCCGGGGGCAGCGCGGAGGGGACCCGGAGGUGUUCCCGGAGAGCACCGGAAGCGCUCCCGCCCCUAGCAACGGCGGCGGAGCGCCCGUAGCGACAGGCGCGGCCAUGCCGGUGUGGCUGCGGGAGUACAGCUGGCGGCAGACCGGCUCCGCCGUGUACCUCUCGCUGCCGUUGCGCGGCGUUCGGGUCACCCCCGCCAACAUCUUCUGCACUGACCGGUACCUGAAGGUAAGCACCCCUCCCUUUUUAUUUGAAGCCAUUUUAUAUGCUCCUAUUGAUGACACAAGUAGCACAGCAAAGAUUGGAAAUGGAAUCAUUUUCUUCACUUUGUAUAAAAAAGAAGUAGCCAUGUGGGAUUCCCUAACUCUACCGAAUGCUAACAAGGAGAAACUGCAGUAUCUAAGAGAGAAUGCUGUUCUAAAAGCCCAUGAAAAGGCAAAAGAGGAGACAGAAGCAAAAAAAGUUACAAAACAGGAACACAAAAAACAUGCUUUGGAGGCCACAAUGAAGCUAGAAGAAGCAGAAAGAAAAAGAAUUGAAGAUCUGAAAGAAAAGGAGCGGCAGAAGGUCACUAAGGAGUUGGAGUUGUGGAAAAAACAGCAAAAAGAUGCUGAGAAACAAAAGACGGUACAAAAAGAAGGGGAGCUAUAUCAAGUAGAGCAAUUAAAGGAGAAGAAAAAGGAAAAAAUAAACAAAACUAGGAUUCCUAACGAAGGAACUUCUAAGACCCGACUCAAACCUACUAAAGGUUAUGGUUCCUAUAGCAUGUUUUCAGAAAAUUUAAAGGAGGAACAGUUACCAGCUCCUCGAUCUGCUGCUACAAUUAGAAUCAACUUUACAUCACGAGUUUUUCCUACAGCUCUGCGAGAAUCUUGCAUUGCAGAAGAGGAGGAGUGGCUACGUAAACAAGCAGAAGCUCGAAGAACAAUAAGUGUUGAUUUGUCUGAGCUGGAAGAUUUAAAAGAAGAGGAGAAGAAUCCAGAUUGGUUAAAGAACAAAGGAAACAAAAUGUUUGCAACAGGAAACUAUCUUGCAGCUGUAAAUGCAUAUAACCUCGCAGUGCGGCUAAACAAUAAGCUUCCCCUACUGUAUCUGAAUCGUGCUGCUUGCCACCUUAAACUGAGAAAUUUACAUAAAGCUAUUGAAGAUUCCUCUAAGGCACUAGAACUGCUGACACCACCUGUUCCUGAUAAUGAGAAUGCUCGAGUAAAAGCAUAUGUGAGACGUGGAACAGCAUUUUGUCAGCUGGAAUUAUAUACUGAAGGUCUCCAGGAUUAUGAAGCAGCUCUCAAGAUUGAUCCCAAAAAUAAAACUAUAGAAAAAGAUGCUGAGAAGAUUCGACACCUAAUUCAAGGAACAACAGAAGAUUCUUAAUAAAAAUUAAAAAAAAAAAAAAAAAAAAGGAAUUUUUUGGCAGGGAUGCCUUUUGAGGGCAUCAGAAGGAAUCUUAGUUCUCUUCAAUAUGUUGUUAACUAGACAUUUUUCUGUUUCACUCAGAACACCUGCAGAAUUGGUAAACGAUUGGAUAUAUGAAUUCCUAUUUUUGGAAAGUAUGGUAUUAUAACAAACAUAUAUUUUAUAUCAUUUUGAUACAAAGUUGUCAUAUUUUUGCUUUCUAUGAAAUAUUGGUGGGCUGAAUAUUAAAAUAUGCUUUUGGUACUUGAUUUAAAGUUACUCAUAACUAAAUGAAAUAUUUGUCUGGAAAUACCUCCUGAAUCUAGACAAUGGGUUUUCAAACAACUUCAGUAGCUCCAUAUAGUCAACACCUGUCACCUUCUUUCCGUUCUCCACCAAAGCUGAAACAGUUAUGUGUUACAUGAUUAUAGUUAUAUGCUUUCCUCUUACUGUUCAUAGUGUUUGGCACAUCUGAAACUAAGACAGUGAGUUUAGAUACUCUUAAUUCAGGCGUCUAAUUUGGAAAACCUCCACCUGGAAGCAUAGAGGUAGAUUUUAUGUAGUGCAGAACACUCUUUUUAACAUUAAGUAAUGUACAUUGAAUAUUUUCAGACUAUUUUGAAACAUUUGUUUGGGCUGACCAAACAAGGUAAUUGGAAAAAUAAACCUGGAGUGUUGUAUUGUAGUGUAGUGGUAAAUUGAUCCUGUGAUAAAUUGUCCUAUCAAUGAAUAUGACUGACUUCUUCCAUCCUGCUACAAUUAGUAAUCUUACAGUGUAGCUGUAAAGCAUAUUCUAAAUAAAAAACUUUGUUAUUUA